AUGCUCACAAGACCGGGGGCCCUAGACGGCCUUCAGCAGCAGCAGCAGCAGCAGCAGCAGCAGGAGUUGCUGCUGCCGGGUCUUCUCGCAGCAGCAGCAGCAGCCGCAGGGCCCCUCGAGGUCUCCCAGAGGCUGGCAUACCGAAUAUGGGAAGAAGUCUUUGCCCUGCCUUUGCAGCAGCAGGUGCAGGCCCUGCAGUCGCUGGGGCCAGGGCUGCUUUAUGUGCUUGCGGGGCACCUGGGGGCCCCCUUUGAGGCUUCGUGGCUGCAGCUGGGGGCCCCCAGUGCCCGGGGUCCCCCCAGCUACAUAGAAAGAUGCAAACUUGCUGCGGGGCUUUUCAAGCUGGUGGAAGCUGAG